AUGUUUGGGUCGACCAGCUCGUUUUUCUUUUGUAUUGUUGAAAGUAUUUUAAUAUUUAUCUUAUUAGCUAUUCAAUCUAAGUCUGUAAAGUCAAUGUCUGUUGCUUCUACCAUGGUAACAGUUGGUUUAAUUAUGUGUAAGAACCCUGAUACUUUUAUGGUACAGAAGUUAUAUUCUCAUGUUUCUACUCCAAAAUGA